GAUACACUAUCGUUCUAGAGAGGAGACCCUCGGGCUUCCGUGAUCUGGUUUUACAUUAUUGAACGAAGGCUCGAGUCCCCGUUGCGCAACAUGCGAGGCAAAGAAGUCUUCGAUUUCGACGCUAUCGCCUGUCCCAACACUUUCGAGGAUGAUCCGAAAGUAGAUGUCUUUUUCGAUCGCGUCAAACAAUGUGCGAAGCGAGAGGUGCUGCGGAAGACCGCCUUGACGAAAAAUUUGACGGCGACCGUCCAACGGGUAUCCAUGACAGAAGCCGCGAGGAAAAAUAUUCAGAAACGAGCUAGAAGUUUUCGUGAGAGGUUCCUGCCUCAGCGGAAAGACAAGCCGGUCGUGGCCCAGAAGGAAAAUGAUGGAGCGCAACUUCAUGAGCAAGUCACGCCCGUGAAUCAAGUUCUGAAUAAGCCGCCCCUCGUCCCUCCGAGGACCCGUCGCGUCGGCGCUCGAUCGAUAGACAUGCGAGACGAAAACACUCCCAAACAAGAUGUCAAGUUGGCUAAGACGACACCCUUGCGAUCGAAGAGAGUCUUCGCUAAGGAGACGGAGGAGCUCAAAAAUUCCCAUCCCACUGUGACACCCAAGCGCAAGAGAUCCCUGACAAAGGCGACGAGGAUCCGAUUCGAGCCCCGAGAUUCCCUGCGUCGAAUGUCACUGAGGAAAUCGAUAACUAAGGCUCAGAAGACCUCGAAAAUCCCUAAGCUCCGGAAACCGUACGCGGGCGUGAGAACCAAAGUCGGUGAUGCAAUCCGUGCGGUGCUACCGAAGAGAUCGAAACCAAAAGUUUCAUCGAAAGCUGUUAAAAUCAUGAAGUUGCCCGAGAAAAAAAUAGUAAUUCAUUCGAGCAAUCCUAACCCAGCCGGGAAAACACUUGCUCAGCUGGUGAAUGAGUUCCAGAAGUCUCCGCGCCAAUACAGCCUGAAGAAGCUCAACAUGAAGGAUAAUCGAGAAGCCUGGAAGAGCUAUUUCUAA